UUUGACCAAACUGACCCUUAUCAAAAGCAUCACUUCUUGCCACUUCUUGCUGUUAAUCACUUAAUUGACUUCAUUCUACCAGAAGAGCUACUGUACAAAGUUGAGUAUAAGCCCUGCCAUUUCAGAGCCACUAAGACAGGGAUAUGGGUGAUUUGUAUGCCCUGGAUUUCGACGGGGUUCUCUGUGAUAGUUGCGGAGAAAGCUCUCUAUCUGCCGUAAAGGCUGCUAGAGUGAGAUGGCCCAGUCUGUUCAAGACUGUUGAUCCUUUGUCUGAAGAUUGGAUUGUUGAUCAUAUGCAUAUUGUUAGGCCUGUGAUAGAAUUUGGCUAUGAAAAUCUAUUGCUUGUGAGGCUUCUGUUAGAAAUUAGAGUUCCUUCCGUUCGCAAGUCCUCGGUUGCAGAUGGACUUACAGUUGACGAUAUUCUUGAAAACUGGAGGGAGAUAAAGCCUCUCAUUACCGAAGAAUGGAAUGAAAACGUAGAUGAUCUAAUUGAUCUUUUUGGUAAGGUCAGGGAUGCCUGGAUGGACAAUGAUAUGGAUACUUGGAUUGGAUCAAACAGGUUUUAUCCUGGAGUAGCAGAUGCGCUGAAGUUUGCAAGCUCAAAGAUCUACAUUGUGACCACAAAACAGAGCCGCUUCGCCUAUUCACUACUUCGUGAGCUUGCUGGCGUAACUAUUGCCCCUGGAAUGAUCUAUGGUCUAGGUACAGGGCCGAAAGUAAAAGUGCUGAAGGAGCUUCAAGAAAUGCCAGAAAACAAGGGCCUUACCCUACACUUUGUGGAAGACCGACUUGCAACCCUAAAGAAUGUGAUCAAAGAGCCUGAAUUAGAUGGAUGGAACUUGUAUCUAGGUGAUUGGGGUUACAACACUCCAAAAGAGAGAGAGGAAGCUGCACAAAUUUCUAGAAUUCACCUUCUUGAGCUCUCUGAUUUUAGCAAGAAGUUGAAAUGAUCAUCAUUUUUCACAAUUUCAGUCUACUACCUAUUACGACUUUGAAACAUAUUCAUAAGAAGUUGUCAGUUAUGACAAAUUGACUGCUCCCAAUAAGUGUGGGUUUGCAGGAAAUUCGAGUGUAGAAUGAUUAUCACUAUGGAUGUUUUUACUUGGACUGUAAUUUGCGCUGGUUUGAUCUGGUAAUGUCUGAUCUCUUUGUAUUUUUAUAACUAUCCAAGUCUGGUCUGAUUUGGUCUGGGACAUAUUAAUACAUCUAUUCUCCUUGAUAGAAAUGUUUUUUGCAAGGUUUGUAUUGUGGAAAAUGCGAAAGGAAAGAAAAUGCCGAGAAAAGUUAUUUUCU